CUCCCGGAGCCAGUCACGUGAGGCGCGGAUCCUAGGCGGGAGGGGGUUGCCAGAGGGGUCCAGGGUGGCAGUAAAGGAGGAAGAUGGCGGGGUGCAGGGGGUCCCUGUGCUGCUGCUGCAGGUGGUGCUGCUGUUGUGGUGAGCGUGAGACCCGCACUCCCGAGGAGCUGACCAUCCUUGGAGAAACACAGGAAGAGGAGGAUGAGAUCCUUCCAAGGAAAGACUAUGAGAGUUUGGAUUAUGAUCGCUGUAUCAAUGACCCUUACCUGGAAGUUUUGGAGACCAUGGAUAAUAAGAAAGGUCGCAGGUAUGAGGCGGUGAAGUGGAUGAUGGUGUUUGCCAUUGGAGUCUCCACUGGGCUGGUGGGUCUCUUCGUGGACUUCUUUGCGCGCCUCUUCACCCAGCUCAAGUUCGGAGUGGUGCAGGCCUCGGUGGAGGAAUGCAGCCAGAAAGGCUGCCUCGCCCUGUCCCUCCUUGAACUCAUGGGUUUCAACUUGACCUUUGUCUUCUUCGCCAGCCUUCUUGUUCUAAUCGAGCCAGUGGCUGCAGGUUCUGGGAUACCCGAGAUCAAAUGCUACCUGAAUGGUGUGAAGGUGCCGGGAAUCGUCCGUCUGCGGACCCUGCUCUGCAAAGUCUUUGGAGUGCUGUUCAGUGUGGCUGGAGGGCUCUUUGUGGGGAAGGAAGGCCCAAUGAUCCACAGUGGGUCGGUGGUGGGCGCUGGCCUCCCGCAGUUUCAGAGCAUCUCCCUGCGGAAGAUCCAGUUUAACUUCCCCUAUUUCCGAAGUGACAGGGACAAGCGGGACUUUGUGUCAGCAGGGGCAGCCGCGGGAGUCGCUGCAGCUUUCGGGGCCCCCAUUGGGGGUACCUUGUUCAGUCUGGAGGAGGGCUCGUCCUUCUGGAACCAGGGGCUCACGUGGAAAGUGCUCUUUUGUUCCAUGUCUGCCACCUUCACUCUCAACUUCUUUCGUUCUGGGAUUCAGUUUGGAAGUUGGGGUUCCUUCCAGCUCCCCGGAUUGCUGAACUUCGGCGAGUUUAAGUGCUCUGACUCUGAUAAAAAAUGUCAUCUCUGGACAGCUAUGGACUUGGGGUUCUUCGUCGUGAUGGGGGUCACUGGGGGCCUCCUGGGAGCCACAUUCAACUGUCUGAACAAGAGGCUUGCAAAGUACCGCAUGCGAAACGUGCACCCGAAACCUAAGCUCGUCAGGGUCUUGGAGAGCCUCUUGGUGUCCCUGGUGACCACCGUGGUGGUGUUUGUGGCCUCCAUGGUGUUGGGAGAGUGCCGACAGAUGUCUUCGGCGGGGCAAGUCGGCAACGACUCCUUCCAGCUCCAGGUCACAUCAGAGGAUGUGAAUUCAAGUAUCAAGACCUUCUUUUGUCCCAACGAGACCUACAAUGACAUGGCCACACUCUUUUUCAAUCCCCAAGAGUCGGCCAUCCUCCAGCUCUUCCACCAGGAUGGUACUUUUAGCCCCAUCACUUUGGCCUUGUUCUUCGUCCUCUAUUUCGUGCUUGCGUGUUGGACUUACGGCAUUUCUGUUCCCAGUGGCCUUUUUGUGCCUUCUCUGCUGUGUGGAGCUGCUUUUGGACGUUUAGUUGCCAAUGUCCUCAAAAGCUACAUUGGACUGGGUCACAUCUACUCCGGGACCUUUGCCCUGAUUGGCGCCGCAGCUUUCUUGGGCGGGGUCGUCCGAAUGACCAUCAGCCUCACGGUCAUCCUGAUCGAGUCGACCAACGAGAUCACCUACGGCCUUCCCAUCAUGAUCACCCUGAUGGUGGCCAAGUGGACCGGGGACUUUUUCAACAAGGGCAUUUACGAUAUCCACGUGGGCCUGAGAGGCGUGCCGCUUCUGGAAUGGGAGACGGAGGUGGAGAUGGACAAACUGCGAGCCAGUGACAUCAUGGAGCCCAACCUGACCUACGUCUACCCGCACACCCGCAUCCAGUCUCUGGUCAGCAUCCUGCGCACUACGGUCCACCACGCCUUCCCGGUGGUCACGGAGAACCGGGGCAACGAGAAGGAGUUCAUGAAGGGCAACCAGCUCAUCAGUAACAACAUCAAGUUCAAGAAGUCCAGCAUCCUCACCCGCGCCGGCGAGCAGCGCAGGCGGAGCCAGUCCAUGAAGUCCUACCCGUCCAGCGAGCUGCGGAACAUGUGCGACGAGCACGUGACGGCCGAGGAUCCAGGCGAGAAGGAGGACCUCCUGCAGCAGAUGCUGGAGCGGAGAUACACUCCCUACCCCAACCUAUACCCUGACCAGUCCCCGAGUGAAGACUGGACCAUGGAGGAGCGCUUCCGCCCGCUGACCUUCCAUGGCCUGAUCCUGCGCUCGCAGCUCGUCACCCUGCUCGUCCGAGGAGUUUGUUACUCUGAAAGCCAGUCGAGCGCUAGCCAGCCGCGCCUCUCCUACGCCGAGAUGGCCGAGGACUACCCGCGGUACCCUGACAUCCACGACCUGGACCUGACCCUGCUGAACCCGCGCAUGAUCGUGGAUGUCACCCCAUACAUGAACCCCGCACCCUUCACUGUCUCCCCCAACACCCACGUCUCCCAAGUUUUCAACCUGUUCCGGACGAUGGGCCUGCGGCACUUGCCCGUGGUGAAUGCAGUGGGAGAGAUCGUUGGGGUCAUCACUCGACACAACCUGACAUACGAGUUUCUGCAGGCCCGGCUGCGGCAGCACUACCAGACUCUCUGACGGCCCGGCUUGGCCUCGCCACCACAUGCAGGCCUGUCCCCUCCGGGAGCCGCCCGGGGAGGCAGCAGCUCGUGCUAUGUCGUGGCUGGUCGGGCAGGCUGUCCCCAGCACGGAAGAUUCCCAGUCUCCCACCCGCUUGGAAAGCCUACAAUCAUCAGACACUUGGCCGGUCAGAGAUCCUGGGGUGGCACUGGACCACUAGGCUUCAGACCUGUCUGACUUCUCAGCAAGUACCUUCCCGUCUCCUCCUCCCUGUGUCCCCACCGUCCGUGGUGGUGCAGCCCCUCCUCCCCGCCGCACUAAGACCCACCCUACUGGAGGGUGACACUCUGCUGCUUUCCUGGGGACCCAGCUGUUGCCUUACACCGUCAUGGGAGGGACUCUGACCAAGGUAAACACUGGGGGGACGCCAGUCACAGAAUGAGACGGGUGACUGACUUGAGGACUUGGGCCCUGAGCAGAUCACCCGUGUUCCAGGGAGGCCCCCUUCCCUGGGGCUCUUAAGUUGGCCUCUUCAUCAGUUCACUGGAAGGGAAGUUCUGCUUCUGGGUGUGAGCCGGUGGUCUGGUCUCGCCCCGGCCGUGUGACUCUCCCUGGAACCAACACCCUCCAAAGCACAAAGCGUUCAAAUCCCACUAAUAAUCUCUCAGCAGUGAAUCUGACCACGGGGUCAGGUUUGCCUCUGCCCUUGUUUCACCCAGCAUUUCCGCUUCCUGUCUCCAUUUUCCACAUUAAUGCUCGGCCUUCUGGUGCCACGUCUUCACCUGGUCCUUUUCUCCUCCAUCGAAUUACCAAACUUUCCUUAAGUUCUACCAACAUCCUUCUGGUGAAGCAGCCGCAGCCCCAGAGGGUCUUGGCAUCAGCCCUAAGAGUAGGGGACCCUUGGGUAAAGCUGCUUCACCUGAGUCUGCGGAGUGGCAGUUAUUUGUAAGAUGGAACGGCGAGAAUCCUGACCCAGUGACCACUAAUGUACAUGAUGUGGCUUAAGAAGCCAGCAUGUGACAUAGAACAGCUCUUUAUUCCAGGAAGAGCACGUCGGCCCUUCACCAGCAUCUCCCUCCCCUGCCGCUGACCAUCCCCAGGCUUCUGAGAGGCUCAGCAGUGGAAACUCCUGGGGUUGUGCCAGGGAGGGGAGAUGCAUCCUGCCAGCACGCGCCCCAAGGCUUUAGCAUCAAACAUAGGAAGCCUCCCUCUCCGUUUCAGUGACUAAGCUUCCCCUGGGCUGGCUGGUCCUCUCUGAGCAGGCACCCAAAGUAAACAUGGGGGUGGCAGGCCUUUGCACCCACUUGGCUCUUCUCUACGCACCGGCAGCACCUUAGGCCCACGGAGCAGCCCUGUGGCUGAUGUGCUUCGAGACUCACUCCUGUGCGUGUAGUUAGGUUUCUUUUCAGACACAGACGUUGGCUGAGGGCCUCCGUGCCCAGCCCCGCAGAGCCGUCGUUCCCUCCCUCAGUCUCCCAACUUCUGAUGCCCAGACUCCCUUUCAGCCCUGGCGUGGGCGUCAGCCGGCUUUGCUGGCUCAGGUCUGUGUUCCACGCCAUCUCGGGCCCUGCUCUGCCCACGCCAGAGCCUGCUUCAGCGUCCUUCCCAGCUGACGCGGGCCCCUCCAUUCUCCGCAUUUUCUUAUCUCUUUGACCUAUAAAAUUUCCAGCUUCCGUGGGUGGACCUGAGUUACAAAACGGAGAUGAAACUCCCAAUAAAUAGUUUGAGAAAUCACAUGGACCAAAAAGGCAAGGCCUUCUCAUCGUGAUUGUGUUCAGCCGGCUGCCACAAAUUUUAAGGCAGCAUUCAGAGCUUGACCACCGUAUUUUUUCUUUUAAUUAAGAAGGAAACCAGGAGUUCCCAUGUGGCUCAGCAGGUUAAGAACCCGACUA